GCAUAGCAAUCCAACCAGCUCCACGAAAACGAAAUAGAAAUUUGGAAGGCAAACAAAGCCACGCAAUAGCCGUGCAUAGCCAAGCAAGCAAGUCAAGCUAAACAGUCCGAAACAGCUAUGGAAGGAAACGGACAGGACUCUGGGGAAGCAUGUGUCGUUGACGGGUUGGGUGUGGUGGUGAGCGGCGGCGGCGGGAGAGACGAUUCCAAGGAGCAGUCGAGGAACGGGGGGAUUUGGGCGACGAAUGGCGCAAGCCUGGCUGGCGGCGGCGAAGAGGAUGUCAAGGUAAAUGUCCACAAGCUCGAUUCUGGCCUGGAAACUGCCGGUGGAGGUUCGGUCGACGAUGGGGCCGCCGCCGCCGCCGCCGCCGCCGCUCCCCCUACGACUUCUGGUGGCGGAGGGUCUCGCGGGGGUGGUGGCUGUGUAGCGACUGCUGCUGUCGGAGAUGACGGCGGCAGUUGCGACGAUGGGGACGAUGACGAUGAGGAGGAUGACGACGAUGAAGAGGAAGACGAUGAGGAGGAGGAGGAGGAGGAGGAGGAAGAUGACGGUCACUACGGAGCCAAGGGCGCGGCGGGGGCCAGCUUUCAACCUCCCUCCGCUGGGAAGGCUAACGUGCCAUCGGCGUCAGCGAAAGGCAAAGAAAAGGUGGAGGAUGAUGGUGAUGGCGGCGUGAAGCCGAGGUUGCGCAAGAGGAAGGAGCGCCCAAGCGACGGCGAUGGCGACGAGGCAGAGGAAGUGAGUGGGCUUUCUGGAGACGACGUCGAUCCUAAUCUUAUUCUUCCAACAAGGACGAGAAGAAGAAGAGCUAACGUUCCGUAUGAAUUCGAUGCUGCCGCUACUGCUUCUGCAUCUGAUGAUGAUGAUGAUGAUGAGGAUGAGGAUGACGUUGAAGAUGAUGUUGGUGGUGCUGACAAUGCGGAUGACGAUGAUGAUGAUGAUGAUGAUGAUGAUGGCGAUGAUGACGAUGCCGAUGCCGAUGGUGUGUACGAGAGUGAUAAUUAAUUGAUUCUGAUCUGAUUCACCUGAUCGUUUCUGUAGCGCGCCAGGUCUCUGGCGUGCUUCGUGACGCCAGGAGACAACGCCGCUUAUGGCAAAAAAUCAACGCUCUUUGUGAAUGACUUGACAGGUCAGGAGAAGUCACUUCAGGUAGGCAGAGAUGAAUUGUAAUAGUGUCAGUUAUAUUCUCAUUUACUCUUUGGAAGGGAAAGUUUGCCAGAGAACUACCAGCCAGUGGAAAAGCAGCCUGCGGUGCAAGUAAGUGAGACGUCCAGCGAGUGGUUUUCCUCGCUUCAUGUCGUUCACUGACUCCUGACUCUCCCUCUUUUCCCUCCUUCGGCACCCGCUCAAGCCGCCGGGGUAACAAGUGAAUUGGUGAGAGUCUGUUUCCCCCUUCUCUCCCAUCUUUACUUAGGGACACAUAUACCCUCGGUCUCCCCGUUGCACUCCUCCCGCUCCCGCUUCCCCCCCCCCAUCCCCCUUUAUAAAAGUCACCCCCUUCCAACCCACCUCCGGCAACGGACGAGCCGUGCAAGGAAACGAAGAAAGCGCUACUAGUACUAAUCAGGGGUUAUAUCGCGACGAUGCCCCUGAGGGAGAGGGGAAACCAAGGAUCAGAGAGCACAAUAAAAUGAGAAGAAGAUGAACUUUCUCGUUGCUCUCUUUCUUGUUGCUCUUUUUCUCGUUAUCUUUCUCGUUGCUCUCAAUGACGGAGUUUUGUGAAUCUUCGUUUGGUCGGAGGGAUGGAGGCAACGGAAAGUGGUGAGAGGGAGGAGGUAUGUCUGGCUAUGGUAAGUUUGAAGAGGAGAAAUGAAGUAUUAGAGCACAGACAGUUAAGAGAAUCAGACGAUCAUGAUGAUCUUUAGACGCAAGCAAACGACGUUUUUUGGUCUGAAGGGAUGAAGGAGAGGUAAUGGUCACCGUUGGUGGCGAUAGAGUGUUUUGGACGCAAUCGCCAGCAGCAGAAGGGGGGGUGAAGCACUGGGCUCGGAAAAUAAUGACCCCGUCGCUUGAUUGAUUGACGUCGUAUAGCCAGCAGCAGGUGGUGGGGAAGCACUGGCGUGAAACAAGGGGGUUGUCUAUGACUGUUGGUCUAGGAAAAAAUUACUAUUUUUUUUGUAUGUAUAAUUACGGAAGAUUUUGUGGCCGCGAGGAGGCGUGGAUUGGAAGGGAGGAGAGUAGAGGGGAGCGAGAGAGGGUAGAGAACCAUUCCGCAUAUCCCGGCUGUGUUUUAUGCACAAAAGCAAACGGUAAGGACGGGUUAUUGCAAAAAAAAAAAAAAAAAGAACGGGUUAGGACGGGUUAUUGCAAAAAAAAAAAAAAAAAGGACGGGUUAUUGCGAACUCAGUCAACAGAGCAGGAAGAGAGAGAGCGAGAGAGCGAGCGAGAGAGAGAGAGAGAGAGAGAGAGAGAGAGAGAGAGAGAGAGAGAGAGAGAGAGAGAGUUUUGAAGAAAGAGUUGUGGGUGGGUCGGAUGAUGGGAUGGCAUGGCGGCUGGCUGUGAUGAGGAGUGCGGUCGCCGAUGUAAAGCGUAAGUACUUCGUUUCCUUCGAGUAGAGAGCAUGGAUUUCGUGCUUGGGAAGUAGUAGUAGUAGGAGGGGGAGGAGCAACUGGCAAGGUAGUACCGUUGUAAUGCCCAUGUCCUUUAUUCGCGAGAAGAGCGCAGGUUCGGAUCUUCCUUAUACUUCUUGGUUUGCCGGUUGAUUCUUUGGAAGAUGGUUCCUUGAAUGUUAACGAUAAUUAGUAUAAUCAUGAAUGAAUGAUGCUCUUGAUC